AUGCAGUACAGCCCGGCACAUGGUGGCAUGGUCACCGGCGCUGCUAUUGAUGCCCUUAACAGGCACAGCAUCAGCUGCGGCAGAGAUGGGCACGUCAAGGUCUGGUUUCUCAAGUCGGGUCGGCUUCGAUUCGACGUGAAUGUUGGCUCGCCUAUAGUCAAGAUGAAGUUUCAUCACGGCAACAACCUAGCAGCGAUCGCAUGUGAGAAUUUCACGACCUACAUCUUCGACGCCGAGGCUGGCCGGCUGGUUCGGCGGUUCCCGGGCCACGAGGAUCGGAUCACCGCCGUCGAGAUGAGCCCUGAUGGCCGGUGGCUGCUGACGUCAGCCAUGGAUCUGACCGUGCGCACGUGGCACGUCGUGAGUGGCCGCCCGCUGGACGCCUUCCAGGUGCCGACAGCUGUCGUGGGGCUGUCCAUGUCUCCUUCUUCGGACCUUCUCGCCACCAUUCACCUGAAUCGACGGGGGAUCUACCUCUGGGCCAACAAAGCCAUGUAUUCUGGGAUAGACGAUUCCGACCUUCUCCCAGCUCCCCUCUCCCUCCCUGCCGCCACCACAACGGACGGUGCCGGGACCAAUAGCAGCGUGCCAGCUGUCCAGAUGCCGAUUCUGAUUGGCCCGAACGAGGGAGCGGAGGGGGAGGAGGAGGAUGAGGAAGGGAGGAGGGUGGGUGGGAGGGGUGUGGGGGCAGGGGAUGUGGCCGUCAUUGCUGGGGAGGGGGGAGGAGGGAGAGGGGGAAUGAGUCUGGAGGAGUCUGAGAUGGACACUGAGCUGAUGAGGGCCAUCAGGAGAGGAGCACAGAGCGAGCCAGCAGACUACUCCCAAGCCAUGGCACUGCUCAAGGCCAUGUCGCCGUCAGCCGUUGAUCUGGAGCUGCGGGCGAUCGAGAUCGUCGAUGACAGCCCCUCCCCAGCCGACCUGCACCGGGUGGCUCUCUUUAUGUCCUUCUUGGAAGGAAAGCUUCGAGGAAGCUGUGACUUUGAGCUGCUGCAAGCCGUGACUCAUCGAUUCCUGGCGAUCCACGGGUCAGCCAUCUCAUCAUUCCCCCAGCUGCGCGCCAAGCUGCCUGCCUUCAAAGAAGCCCAGGCCUCCAGCUGGCAGCGGCUCGAUGAAUUGUUUCAGAGCAUUCGCUGCGUGGUUGACUUCAUCGCUUCAUCCUAG